CUCUUGAUAGCGGUGGCUGGAGUAGUGAGUGGCGGUGCACGAGAUUGCUGUGGAGUCUGGCGCAGCGCUUAGCUUGAACUUUGACUCUCUAAAGUCGCCCAUUACACCAAGUUUCUUUGAGCCUUCACAAUUCACCUAUCAAAUUAAUAUUCGUCCAGUAUGUGGUCAGGAACCUCUGGUUAUCCCACCAGUAACAAUCAAGGUGGCACUGGCGGUGGUGCCCCACCUCAGUAAGUGCUUUGAUAUCAUCAUCAACUGAAUUCAAUUCAUGAUCGUACCAUCGCGUUAUCACCUGUUUUAGAUUCCCAAACCCGUAUGUGACCAGUCGUGAACGGGAUAAUCGAGCUGAUAUGAUUACUUCAGCGGUGGUUAUGCUCCUUCUCCCAAUCCACCUGCGUACAACCCUGCAUACGCUCCCGCACCAGUGUUUCCUUCGAACAGUCCCCCAGCACCCAGAGGCUUUGGGUUUCCACCCCCGGUAUCAAGAGAUAACUAUCCUGGACAGCACCAUCACCACCAGAACAGUGGCUACCCAGGUCAGUUUGCUGGCAAUUACGCACCCCCUCAAGGUUCUCCUACCUCUUACGCACCGCCCCCUGGCCCUCCAUCCUCGUCAUACGGCGCACCCCCUGGCCCCCCUCCGGGCAGGGCCAGGCCCUCCUUCACAGUACCCACCACCCCCAGGUGCUCCUGGAAAUUAUCCACCACCACCGGGACCCCCUGGUGGUUAUGGUGCACGUCCUUCCCCAACGAGCGGCGGCUAUGGUUAUGCUCCUCCAAGCGGACCCCCGCAGAGGCCACCCAAUCAACAGCAGCUUUACGGACCUCAAAUGCAAGGUCCCAACCACCAGAUGCAGCAGCCCUUUUUCCAAUAUUCUCAGUGUAACGGCAAGAAGAAAGCCUUAUGCAUCGGGAUCAAUUAUACCGGUCAGCAAGGAGAGUUGCGUGGUUGCAUCAAUGAUGCAAACAGUAUGAAGCGCUUCCUGAUGGUUCAGUUUGGGUAUAAGGAAGAGGACAUGGUGAUACUCACCGACGAUGCACGGGACCCACGCCAAGUUCCCACUCAGCAAAAUAUACUUCGUGCAAUGGAGUGGCUCGCUCGUGACGCACGUCCCAAUGACUCCCUGUUCUUCCAUUAUUCCGGACAUGGAGGACAGACGAAGGACCUCGAUGGCGAUGAAGAAGAUGGAUUUGACGAAGUCAUCUACCCAGUUGACUUCAAACAGAAUGGUCACAUUGUCGAUGAUUUGAUGCACCAAAUCAUGGUGAAGCCACUUCCUGCGGGUUGUCGUCUCACUGCUAUCUUCGACUCUUGCCACUCUGGCUCAGCUCUAGAUCUCCCAUACGUUUAUUCCACGGAAGGCAAAAUCAAAGAGCCAAAUCUCGCGGCGGAGGCUGGCCAAGGGUUACUGACCGCCGUGACUUCGUAUGCUCGCGGAGAUCUCGGCGGCAUGUUCAAUUCCGUUACAGGACUGAUCAAGACUGCGAGCGGAAAUGGACAGAAAGCCGACAAAAUCUCUAAGGCUACGAGGACGAGCCCCGCCGACUGCAUCUCUUGGAGUGGUUGUAAAGAUUCACAGACCAGCGCGGACACGCAAGAAGCUGGAAGAGCCACAGGCGCAAUGAGCUACGCUUUCAUCAAGGCUCUCAGCGAAAACCCACAGCAAAGUUAUCAACAGCUUCUUAAUUCCCUCCGAGCUAUUUUGAAAGCAAAGUACAGCCAGAAACCACAGCUGUCUAGUUCUCACCCGAUGGACACGAAUCUACUCUUCAUUGCCUAAAUGAUGUUUGUAUCAUGUAUGUUUCGUAAAUGCAGUAUAAUUAUGUACGAUAGAAGAUUGCCCAGUCUUGUCAAGGUGCAUGCUGUUGUACAUUUGCAUGGCGGAGACAAAGAUUACAAUACGAUUGCGAUUUGAUGAAGAUACAAGUGCGGGUUUUGUGA